GACGUGGAGAUGUUGAUCGUCAUUUGGAAUUAAUAAUCAGCACCAGGCUCUGAGUAAACUGAUUCAGACAGCCUUGCAUCUACCUUCGGCUGUUGAGAGGAAACCAAUGAUGGUUCCAGAUCUUACACAAGGCCACCCUCUAACGAGGAUUGAUUGGGUCUCCACCCAGAAAAUGGUUACAGGCUGUUGAGCCUCGUCAAUAUCACAAACUAAUCACGUUGAGACGAGCGGACACGGACGAGCGAGUGCCUUGGUCCGCACCGCGUUUGUGGCGACCGACGCCGUUAUGCCCAGGACAUUAUAAGUACUAAGUCUACUCUCGAUCUCAUAAGCAUCUAAGGAUCCUCCUGGAUCUCGCUGUUUUCAGGGCCCCAGGCGUACAGAGACAAUCACUCGGAAUGCUGGACACAAUUCGGGACGCGCCUUUGGGCCAAUUGAUUCGUUUGAUCACCCGCAACAAGGUUCUCCUGCACCCUGAGGAACGAGAAGGCUUCCAGUUUCCAAAACUCGCAACAGGUGAAGCCAUCAACCAGACUUUAGAGACAUCGCCAGAGACCACCGAGCGAGAUGCCGCGACUGACGAGGAAACACUCCCAGUUGAAUCGAGCAUGGAGCGGCAACUGAGCCAGGAGUACUCACGAGAACGACUCGAGUUAGAUGAAGAGCUUGACCUUGAGAAGACAAGAAGCAGACCUAUAUCUCUUCAAAGGUCCAAGGAUGGGUUUGUUCUGGUCGACUGGUACACCACGGAUGAUCCAGAGAAUCCACAGAACUGGUCUCAGGGCAAGAAGAUCUUUGUCUUGACCCAGAUAUGCCUAUACAGCUUCGCCAUGUAUGGUGGAUCGAGCAUCUACGUCCUUGGCGAGCAGGGUGUCAUGGACAGAUUCAACGUCGGCAAUGCAGCAGCAGCAAUGGGUCUUGCAAUCUACGUGAUCGGAUACGGUAUCGGCCCUCUUCUGUUUGCACCGCUAUGCGAGAUCCCGGCCAUCGGCAGGAACGGGGUCUACACACCCACAUUCAUCCUCUUCGUCAUCAUAUCCAUCCCCACAGUCAUGGUCGACAACUACGCUGGCCUGCUUGUUCUGCGCUUCCUGCAGGGCUUAUUGAGCAGUCCGUGCUUGGCCAACGGAGGCGCAUCCGUGGGCGAUAUGUUCAACCUCCUCAUGCUUCCACUGUAUCUCUCCUCCUGGACCGCCGCUUGUUUCUGGGGCCCGGCGAUCGGUCCUGUCGUGAGUGGCUACGCCAUCUCUGCAGAGGGAUGGCGAUGGUCCCUCUGGAUCCUAGUCUGGAUGUCAGCCCCUAUCCUAGUUCUCUAUCUCAUCGCCUGCCCCGAAACAUCCGCCGAAACCAUCCUCCGCCGCCGGGCCCAACGUCUCCGCCAGCUCACAGGGCGCACCGACUUGAGGUCUCAAAGCGAGAUCAAGCAGGCAACCAUGACACUGUCGUCCAUUUUCGCCGACGCCAUCAUCAAACCAAUUGAGAUCAUGGUCAAAGACCCCGCCGUGUCCUUUACGAACGUCUACACUGCCCUCACCUACGGUAUCUACUAUUCCUUCUUCGAGGUCUUCCCCCUAGUCUACAUCGAUAUCUACCACUUCAACCUCGGCGAGUUGGGCCUCACAUUCCUCACCAUCGGAGUGGCGUGCCUGAUCGGCGUGGCUCUGUUCAACGGCUACCUACUACUCUAUCUCGUGCCGGACAUCAAGAAACGAGGUCUUCGCGCUCCAGAACACAGAUUGGUCCCGGCACUAUUCGCCGUGUGUACAUUGCCUAUGGGAUACUUCAUGUUUGGCUGGACCGCCCGUCACAGUGUUCACUGGAUAGUCAGCAUGAUCGGCGUGACCAUCCUAGUGACCUCCAACUUCAUCAUCUUUCAAUGCAUAUUCGUCUACUUGCCGCUCUCGUACCCUCAGUACGCUGCAUCACUGUUCGCAGGGAACGACCUAUUCCGCGCGCUGUUUGCCGCAGGGUGCGUCAUCUUCUCGCGGCCCAUGUUCAUCAAGCUCGGCGUUGGUGGUGGAGUGAGUCUACUUGCGGGUUUGGCUGUUGUGGGCAUCGCAGGUAUGGUGUCAUUGUAUGUGUUUGGCGCGAAGUUGAGAGCGAGGAGCACUUUCGCUGUAGCGUAAAGUGUUCAUGAUUCGGCGAAAAAGUUGUUGUGGGGAUGACAGUGUAUCGUAUUAGUAGCUUGGGAUCUAGACAUAAUAGACAAAGAAUAAAGAUAGACGGUAUUGCUGGGGCUGAUGACAGGAAGAACGGGGCGGUGUGGAUCACGAUGCAAGGCUGGAGCCGGUCAGGGGCCUAUCUCCUUU